CGAAGUUGGUUGCUAUUAGAUUUUUAUUGCUUCGCAUAUAAUUGACAUUUGUGCCCUAAUUGCUAUAAAUAAAGUCUGAAUUUGUAGAAAAUACGUGAUUAUAACAGUGCUAGAGAUGGUGUUAACUAAUUGCAACAUGGAAUUCCUGCCAUUAGAUUCGGAAUCAGCGACACAAACGACUUUCUAUAAAAAUGAGCACCACCACAAUCAUAUCAACGCAUUACAUCGACAAAAUGCUACAUUUAAUCUAUUGAACUCGCACACGAUUCCCCAUCUAAACAACAAUAAUAGCACGAAUUUUGGAACUGUGUCAACUGUGGACAAGGGAAAUGCACCGAUUCUCAGCUCUAACGGCUAUUAUGGAUAUGUAAACAAUUUUUCGGCGGCUAAUAAUCACAGUCUCGAUGAUGGCACUCAGCAUGACAGCAAUCAGCAGGCAGAGAACCGUUGUACCGAUUCGGAUGCUAUGUGUGUAGACGAUGAAGUAAUUGGAGCGACCGGUAUAUUACCGUUUCAAUCGGUUUGUGUUGUUGUUGACAAACGAAAGCGAUUGGACGAGGGACUCGAUGGUUUUUAUGAGCCAGCCAAGAGACGGCGAUUCAUAAAUGAUAAUGACGAUACAACGAAUCUUUUUUACAAACCAGUUAAUAUUUUUAAGACAAAUCAUGUAAAUUACCACCGUACCAACAUCAGUUCAAGUCCUAAUAGCUUUAAAAUGAAACCAAGAAACGCGUCGUCGUCAGAUGACUUGGAAUCCUUAUUUUAUAACACACACGGUUCAGCGUUAUUUUACUAUCAAGAUAUAUCAGAAGACUAACAAUCAAAUAAAAAAAACUACAUAAAUAUAAUCUGUAAACAUAAUGACCUGUAAUUCUAAUAGACUAGAAAAAAGUGUGAUUUUCAAACAUUAAUUAUAUAAAUUAUAGUGACAAUUAAUUGAAUGUACUUAUAAGUCUGUUUUCUACGUAUACCGCGUAAAAAUGUUUUAUGUAGUCUACAAUGAUAGACAACAGAGAGUGAUAGAUGCAAAAAAUUAUAAUCUGAUAUAGCAUGUCUUUCCUAGAAUUUAGUUAAACUCUUUUUAGUUGUCAAAAUUCAUUUUAAAAAACUGACAUAAAAAGUCUGUAUUGAGGUCAAUGCUCCAAAGUUCUUUUAAUCUUCGAACAUUUUUAUGAACGAUUUUUUUCUUGCUACACAUCCAUACAAAACAAUGUAUGGCGGUUAUUUAAAAAUCAAAUUCAACGUUUUUUUAAAGUACAAACACAAACAACAUGAUAAUUUAUUUCUAUAGAAUACCUGAAACGGUCGUAUAUUGUAUAUAGUAUACAUUACUAAGUCUGUUUGUAACAACAUUGUGUUUACUUAACAAGAUACGACUAAGAAAAAUGCAAUAUAUUGUUAAAACAACAGAUUAAUUUAACCCUAAUCCUUUACUUAUUUUAUGGAAAAUUUUCCGGAUAAACCUAAAAAAUUUAUUACCUGAGUCUCAUCGUUUUACAAGACCUUUUUUUGUUAAGUCAUCACCUUAAAAUACUACUUUGAGACAUGGAAAACUGAGUGUAGUGUAGGAGGAACGAUCAUCAUCAAUUUAUAUACGUUAUAAAUUUUUAAAAAGAUAUCAUGACUUCACACAUACCAUGAUGAGUAAAAAUGUAUUUAAAAUUUGGACUGAUAAAAAUUGGAUAAAAUUUUUAAACAAAUUUUUUAAAAGAGGAAAUUUUGGAAGGAAUAUUUAGCAAAAAUUUUAUCAAACAAAAAAGAGAAGAAUUUUAUAUUGAAUAAUGUUAAAUUAAUUAAAAGAAAUAUAGGCUAAUUGAUACUAUGUAAUAUAACUUUGUUUCACAAUAAAGAUGAUAAAUUUA